AGAAAGAGAGGUGCAUGUGUAGAAAUCACUCACUGAGUCUCAGACACACUGAAGAUACCUGGAUAUCACACUCUCUCUCUCUUUAUAAUCACUCUACACAUAUUCUCCUCUCUCUAUCUAUUACUCCAGGCAAAGGCUAAUCAAGAAGUUUUGGGAGAGUCUAUUAAAGCACCGGACAGCGCGCGCGAAAAUAACGGGCUCGGUCUUAUUUCAUCCAGAACUCUUCAAACUUCAGAAAGAAUAAACGGAUCUGAACCUGAACAUGCUUCGCUGGAAAGUCGAUCAGGUGGCGGUGCUGCUGUUGUUGGCGGCUGCGGUCGGCUUCGCUCAGGUGCUGGACCGAACACUCAUCCUGACCAACGAGAGGAGCUCCAUCGAGAGGACAUACGAGCUGACAAAAUACCUGGACCACCAGCUGAAGGAGAUCAGAGACACUUACCUGUCCUAUCUUGGGCCUCCGUUCAGCGAUCCCGGCUUCUCUCCUCCACGACCCAACAGCUCGUCUCUGUCCGUGCCCAGCGCAGCGACGCGGGUGGAUCUGUGGCGAGGGCUGGAGAACGGCGCCCGUCUGGCGCAGAACCAGCGGGCGUAUAGCGUGCUCCUGUGUGCUGUUAGAGAGCUGGCGCGCUCCACCCUGUGUCCGUAUCUCCAGAGCUCGCUCAUGCACUUCUGCUCCGGCCUCAGCGGGCUCCUCGGCUCCAUAUCCGGUCUGAUGAACGCCCUGGGCUACCCCAGCCUCCCGCCCUCCACGCCCGCUCAAGGAUACGCCCCACUUCUCUCCUCACAGUUUCAGAACAGCCCUGCUCCUCUGCGGAGUUAUGAGCCUCGGGCCGCGAGGGAGGGAACGACUCGUGCGGAUCUGAAGAGAGGAAGGAGAGGACGGAGAAAAGAAGGAGUGAGCUGGGCUGCCCGAGAGGAGAGAGAGAAAGAGGAAGGAAUGGAGAGAUGGGGGAAACGGAGAAGACUGUUGAGCGUGGAUGAAGAGCAGAUCCUAAAACUCAAUGCGAACUACACAUUGGUAAAGCAGCCUGUGCUCUUUUCAGCGACGUCUCUUCAGCACCGUCGAGCGACUCGGUCCACUCACGCCGGACUCGCUCCGCUCUCGCUGCUUUAUCAGUACGGCGGGUCGACCGCGGAGGUCCACACUUUGCUGGCGGCCCCUGUGUUGGCGUCUCGUCCCGCGUCGAAUGACUUCUCGCGGAAAGUGGAGGGAUUCUGGGUACUGAGAGAGCUGCAGAGCUGGCUGUGGAGAUCCGCCAAAGACUUCACCAGACUGAAGAAACGACUUCAGCGCGCUUGAGACACAACAACGACUUUGCUUCAUAACCUAGCGAGCUGCCUUCUAAUAAAAUUUCACAAAACAUAAAAAAAGUUAAUUGCGAUGUACAGAGGUGGCCAAAAUGAUUAGAACACUAGUAUUUUUUUAGAAGCUAAAAAAUCUUGAAUUAUGAAAAUUAAUGUCAAAAUGAAGGUUUGGACAUGUAAACUGAAAUCUCCUACUGACACACUACAGCAAAAGAUAUAAUCAUUUUUAGCUGGACACCACUGAACAUGGCUGUAACCAGCUGUGAGGUCAUCGGGGUCCAGACCUUUAAUAUUCAAAACUAUAAUCAGAGGUUCUCUGAGUGAUUAAUUAGCACUUUAAAACUACUUUUAUGAGUAUCUGCAUGUAUAAAUAAAUUUAGAGGGUUUGCCUAGCUUGUUCAGAAUCCAUGAUGGACAGCAAUUUUCGUGAAUGCAGCUUGAGAGAGAACUUUAAGUGAGGGUGUGAACAGAGCUGUUGCCAGAUCCAGUUUUUAUAAGCGCCAUUAGACUCGUUUUUUCCAUUAAUUGUGAUGUCAUAGGAUGUAAAAAAAAAAUGGGAGGUUGAAAGUUUUGUGCCAGAUAAGUUGAAACCUAUUUUGGUUUAUGCUAUUUUUGGUUUUGGGCUUGUGUUUGUUUGCUACUGUAGUAAUACCUGGCAACACUGCAUCGCCAGCACUGACAGUAAUGAUAAUAAUAACAUAAAAAAGCUCAUAGAGUUCAUGGCCACCUUAUUGCUGACUGGAUACAACAUUCGAUAAGACAAAUGACAAAUGCAAUGAUCGUUAUCAUCUGUCAUAAACAGUAGGUUACAGAAUGAAAUGUGGCAAAUAUGCAAAUGUAGGUCAUGAAGAAAGCCAGGCUAUUUCAAUCCUUUCACAAAGUCAUGCUAAAACAUUCAUAAGAGCACGAGACAAAGUUCUUAUCAGAUAGCAAUGCUUACUAAUGAAAAUUAUUACAGUAAUAAAUUACUGUUGCAUGAACGGCAAACAAAUAAUAAAAUGAUCCACUCCUAACUUAUAGUAAAGUAUGAAAAUAGUCUUUAAAGUUGUCCAAAUGAAGUUCUUAGACAUGUGUAUUAUUAAUAAAAAAUUUAGUUUGAUAUAUUUAUGGUAGAAAACUUACUAAAUAUCUUCAAGGAACAUGAUCUUUACUGAAUAUCCUAAUGAUUUUUGGCAUAGAGGUAAAAUUAAUAAUUUUGACCCAUGCAAUGUAUUGUUGGCUAUUGCUACAAAUAUAUACUUGUGCUACUUAUGACAGUUUUUGUGCUCUAGGGUCACACAUGCAGUGUAUAAAAAGAGUUGUGUUUAUUAUAUAUAGCACAGCUCACACAUAAGUCACUUUCAAACCCUUCAGUUCUCUGUUGGACCGGUUGCUAAUGUGCGUGACUGAGCUGAACCUGUUGUGAAAUCUGCGUGGGGAGACCAGCUCGCUAGGUUUGGGCACAGACUGAUUCACGCUCGGUGGAUGGAGAUCUGAGGAUCUCAGACGGUCACGCUUUGCACUAAAUCACCAAACAGAAGAGAGCCACCAGCACGUCACGGACAAAGGGAAGACAGCGCUCUUUGAGAGAGCCAGACGUGAUUCAGCAGAAGGAAAGUGAAUCACGCUCGGCGUCAUGCGGCAAUGAAAGGGUCAACGGGCAAAAGUGGAGGAAAUGUGGCAUAAUCAAAGAAACAAUGGAGAGUUUUCUGCUGCCUCACUGACACUGACUCGUCUUUUUCCAGACACACAAACACACUCCUACACAUUUGGAAACACAUGCAGAAAUCUGAUGUUCAGAUGGUGUGUGUGUGUGCGGACAGAAAAGGAAACACAUGAAAGAUUAUUAUACAAAAACUUGCUAAUAUUUUUUAGGCAUACUAGGUUUUCUGGAAAUGUACAAUGGUAAUAUUAUGUUGUUGUUUUUUUAUAGAAAGUAUGUGUGUGAGUAUGUGAAUAAGGUCAUAAUUUAAUACCAUGGUAUAAUUCAAAGUACUUUUGCAUUGCUAUGUUUUUAAGCAUUGAACAAUGGUAAUACUUUUUUUUUUUUGUUUGUUUGUUAUUUUAUAAAAUGUAAAAUAGUAACACUGUGGUAUUUUUCUAGAAACAUCGGGUAUUAUGUAAAUACCAUGGUAAGUGAAUAUGGUAAAAAUGGUAUAUAUCAAGAUACGGUAUAAAAGGGUCGUGUUUUGGGUACGGUAUCAUGGUAAUAGUAGUAAAGUAGUUUAGGAUUACAUGCAAAUACCAUAGUAUGUGAAAAUAGUAGCCAUUCAGUCCCACAUUCCCAUGCUUUUACAUGAAAGCAAAGCGUUCUUGAAGAUUUAUUGGGGUGUUACGUAAAUACCACAGUAUGUAAUAAUAUACCAAGGUAUUUAUUUGAAACCCCAGUGUACCUCCGAGAAUCUGUGAUACAAAAAAGGUACAAUAAUACAAUGUUUUUUUGGAAAUGUACCAUGGUAUAUAUAUAUAUAUAUAUCAUAGUUCUGCACAGAUGACCGUGAGUUAUAAUGCAGAUGAGAGGGUGUUUAAAUAGAAGUGUUUACAAUCUGUACACUGAUUUCUGUUUGUGUGUAUAUGUCUGUUAUAUUUAUUUAAUACUAUUUAUUUCUCUUGGGUACGACUGUA